GAUAAUAGAGAGAAAGCUUCUGAAAAGCAGAAUCUGGAGAGAGCAGAAUUUAUCAGUUUGAGGAGACACAGUGGGAUUAAUGUUGCUUGGGAAGACAGUAGUUCCUAGUUGCUUUAACCAGCCACGAGGAAGGAGUAAGCUUAAUCUAUGUUUUUCUUCUCUCCAUUCAGCUUCCAGGAUGAGUUUCCUUCUCUUUGCGGUCACAGCCCUCCACGUUCUUAUCCUCAUCUUACUCUUCGUAGCCACCUUGGACAAGUCAUGGUGGGUUCUGCCUGAUAGAGAAACAGUGAACAUCUGGUAUGAAUGUCUGAUAGAAAACCAGCGCCAGAACUGGACAUGUCACCCAGUGUCUGAUAGUAAAUGGCUUCAUGGAGUCCAGGCAUUCACGGUUUUAAGCCUUCUCUUCUCCACCUUGGCUUUCAUUAUUUUCAUGUGGCAGCUCUACACGAUGAAGCGGGGAAGCCUGUUUUAUGCCACAGGAAUUUUCCAGAUAUUGACUGCUGUCUCGGUGUUCACAGCUGCCUUGAUCUACACUAUCCAUGUGGACACGUUCCAGCGUGGCCGAAUGCCUGGCGGCUCUUACGGUCACUGUUUCGUACUAGCCUGGCUGUCUUUUCCCUUGGCCCUCAUCAGUGGGAUUGUCUACAUCCACCUUCGGAAAAAAGAGUGACUGACAAUAGGGAAACCUCCCCAUUUAUUUUGGAAGGAGACUUGUUCUCCUUUCAAUUUAGCUAUGCAUGCAUUCUUUGCAGUUUUUGAAAGCACUCGUGGCACACAAUUCUAUGCAAUGGGUAACUUGAUCCGUGGGGGUUCUUGCACUGUAAGUGCCUGAUUUUCGUUUGCAUACGGGUAGUCC